CUGACCGGGCCGCGCAACAAGUAUAUAUAGCGUGUGACCAGCGACAAGCAUCAUCCACAUACAGACACCAAGAUGAAGCUGAUCGUCUUCGCUUGCCUGGCCGCCGCUGCCUUUGCCUUCCCUCAGAAUCCUGAAGGGGACGCAGAAGUAGUAUACGACGAGAGGACCGACCAGGGCGACGGCAACUUCAGGUACGCUUUUGAAACGACCAACGGCAUCACGGCAGAGAAGACCGGUGUCCCAGGAUCAGCUGGACAGAGCAACAUGCAGGGAUCAUUCAAGUUCCCCCUCCCCGAAGGUGGAUACGUUGAAGUCACCUACACUGCCGACGAAGCAGGUUACCGACCGGAGUCCGACGCCAUCCCCACCCCCGGCCCCCUCCCCCCACACGUGUUCGAGCUCCUGGCCAUUGCCGAGCAGCAGCGAGCUGCGGGAGUGAAGUUCGAUGAGCAAGGUUUCGAGAUCUAGUGAAAACUCUGCGGUAUCAUCACUAACACAUCCACGACAGUCACCAUCUCUACCCAACGUCCUCUUUCCCAUUAUUUAACCUCUGUAGAUAAUGACUUUCUGAACGCUGCUUCGGGAUAUCCACCAGCAUACACAAUCCAAUAAAAUGCAUGUACAUUAUAUGUGCCCAUACUA